AUGAACGUGUAUUAUAAAGUUAUAAUUGUGCUUCUAUCAAUUAAAUCUGUGCAUCUAUAUUGUGGCCCAUACAAUGGACAAAUAUGUAAACAUUAUUUAACUGGAUUCGUAUGGUUUAACCAUACUGGAGGUCUUGAAAAUGAGAAAAUUACAACAGGUCUAUGGAAAGAAAUGAUAUCCGCCUUGAAGGAGCCUUGUCGCAGUAAAGCUGAAAAGCUUUUAUGCUCUUAUGCAUUUCCGAAGUGCGUCAAUAAAGAUGGAAUUGGUGAUUUUGCUUUGCCUCUCUGUUAUGAAGACUGCAUGGCUGUUAAAAUGCAGUUUUGUUACAAAGAUUGGAUCGUAAUAGAAGAACAAAAAAAUCGUGGUGUGUAUUUUGAAUCUCGAGGUCAUUUCAGAUUUCCAGAGUGUGAAAAACUCCCAAAAUUCUCUGGAAAAGGAGCUCACGUAACCUGUAACAAUGCAGGAAUCACAGACAUGGACUAUAGUCAGGUAACAACAACUUGCAUUCAUGGCAGUGGUCGGUACUAUCAAGGCACAGUUAAUGUAACUGAAACUGGACUUGCUUGCCAAGCUUGGGAAUCCCAACAACCUCAUCAACAUGCAAGACCACCAUUAGUGUUUCCAGAGGUUCAGAAUUCCACAAAUUUUUGUAGAAAUGCCGGUGGCGAAGAACGUAAACCUUGGUGCUAUACAAUGGAUCCAAAUGUUAGAUGGGAAGUUUGCGACAUUCCAAUGUGUGCCAAUUCUACAGAGGAAUUAGAUGAUGUCAAUGGACCAAUUAUUAUGGAAAAUUAUUUUACACCAAAAUUUGUGUUACUACUGUCCGUAGGAGGCCUCGGAUGUAUUCUGGGCAUAGCAUCAAUAGCACUCCUUUGCCAUUACUUUUUGAAGAGUCAUUAUUCAAAGUGUAAUAUAUCAAAUCGCAGAAACUUGCAAAAUGUUGACAUUGAUUUAGAUAAACUUCCAAGCAACCUUGCUUAUCACACAACUGGUGCACAAUUAAACCCCAAGUUAGAGAAAUUGGAAUUUCCAAGAAAUAACAUUAUUUACAUCCGUGAUUUAGGACAAGGUGCUUUUGGCAGAGUGUUUCAAGCAAAAGCACCAGGCUUAGUUCCAGAAGAGGAAUUCACUCUAGUCGCUGUUAAAAUGCUCAAAGACGAGGCUUCACAUGACUUACAAUUAGAUUUUGAACGAGAGGCUUGCUUAUUAGCAGACUUUGACCAUCCAAAUAUUGUCAAAUUAUUAGGUGUAUGUGCUAUAGGACGUCCUAUGUGUUUAUUAUUUGAAUUUAUGGGUAAGGGUGAUCUAAAUGAGUAUCUAAGAGCUUGCAGUAUGGCACCAAAUUAUCCACCAGCCGUUGAAAAUAGAGAGGAUUUGAGACUUCUUGCCGCCCCACUUAGCCACUUAGACCUCUUGCAUAUUGCAAGGCAAAUCGCUUCUGGUAUGGUUUACCUUUCAGAUAGGAAAUUUGUUCACCGUGAUUUAGCUACUAGAAAUUGUCUUAUUAAUGAUGAUAUGGUUGUAAAAAUUGCUGAUUUUGGAUUAUCACACAAGAUAUAUUUGCAAGAUUAUUAUAAAGGUGAUGAGCAUGAUGCAAUCCCUGUUAGAUGGAUGCCUUUAGAAAGUAUAUUGUACAACAAAUAUACUUUAGAAUCUGAUGUGUGGGCUUAUGGUGUAUGUCUUUGGGAAAUUUUCUCUUUUGCCCUCCAACCAUAUUUUGGUAUGACACACGAGGAAGUAGUAAGAUUUCUUAAAGAUGGCAACUGUCUCGCAUGUCCAGAUAACACACCGAGAUGUGUUUACGAUUUAAUGAAACAAUGCUGGAACCACCAUCCUAGCGAUCGUCCAAACUUUAGAGUGAUAUACCAAACAAUUGACAAUAUACAAAUGAUACUUGAAAGAACACAUUCUAAUUGA